CCGCUUUCCAAAACACGUUCCAACAUUUGAGUGAAACAUUUGGUUUCAGAUGGUUCUGGCAUUCGCAAAACAUCAAAGUCUGUAACUUUCUAAUGGAUGUCAAGUGCGCGGGUGCUGUUUCUCAAUUGGGUCUGGGAGAUUUGCGGUCUGGGCCAUCUGGGUUGGCUUUGAAUCGGGUGGAUUGGUUGGAGAAAGUGAACAAAUGGGUUUGUUUUAAUGGGCUCCUGGGCUCACCGGUUCUCUGGACAAUAAGGUAUGUGGAGGACAAGAAGCCUUCCAUGCCAGCCAAUGACAUGCAGGUAGAAUUUUAUAGUGAAGGCCUUAUCUAUCUAGUUGCAGAGGUUGCAGAUCAGAUGGAGCACAACGAUUCCAAGACAUUGCAUAUGGAUUUGAGCUGUUUCCCAAGACCGUUUAACUGCAUCUGAUUUGUCUGCUACUCCUCAUGAUGGUUCAAAGUUCUGGAUAUCAUUCAAGGUGUGAUUGUACCUUCCAGAAAAAAUAAAAUAAAAUAAAAGAUCAAUGGAAUUGCUGCUGUCAAAACUUGGUUGUAUUAGUAGUGAUGCAGGGGAUACCAGGUGCAUUCACUGAGGAAGAAUGCUGCAAUCAAGGCCUACCGUAACUGCGAAACUACGAAACUGUUCUGUGUGAUGCGUUUGAAGAUGCUUUCAAGGUGUUAUUUUAUGGAACUUGAAUGCAAUGUAGACAUACAAUCAAUUUCUAUAAUUGUUUUAUGCAAUUCAGAGGACUGCUAAUGAGUGAUUCCAACUUUUUUGCCACUCCAUGGCUUAUACAGGAU